AUGGUGUGGCGUAAGGCCGACUCACGUAACCGAUAUGCAGUACGCCUGGGUGGGUAUGGAGAUGACGAUGAACUUGACGCAGAUGACGACGAUUAUAUGCUGACGUUUACUCAUGGUGGAUAUUGCGAUUGGAAAAAUGCUGUAACAUGUUUGGUAGAACACGAAAUUUCUAAAAACCACCUGAAUUCUGUUAUUAAUUUAGCUGCAUGGUCUAGAGAAGUGGGACGUAUUGAUCAAAAACUGACAAAACAAGCAGACGACGAAGCAAAAUCCUGGGGAGAAGUUCUCAGGAGAUUGAUAAGUGUGAUAGUUUUUAUUAGUGAAAGGGGCUUAGCAUUUAGAGGUGAAAACGAAACUUUUGGGUCUCCAAAAAAUGGUAACUACCUAGGAAUAUUGGAGCUUAUUGCAGAGUAUGACCAUUUUUUAAAUGACCGCAUAACAAAAAAUGGAAACCAAGGAAGUGGCCACACAAACUACUUAUCAUCGAAGAUUUGCGAGGAAAUAGUGCAACUAAUCGGCAAAAAAGUUUUCAAUGAAGUUAUUUCUCGAAUCAAACACUCAAAGUACUAUUCUAUAUCAUUGGACUCAACUCCAGACGAAGGUCACGUUGAUCAACUUACUUUGAUUUUCAGGUAUUUAGAAGAAAACAUUCCUGUUGAAAGAUUUGUGACAUUUAUGCCUAACCAAGGCCACAAAGCAAAGGAUAUGUUUAAAGGCUUGAAAACAUUUUUGAAAGAAAAUGACUUGGACAUAAAGAACUGUCGUGGUGAGUCAUACGACAAUCCUUCUUCAAUGAGUGGAAAGUAUAAUGGCCUUCAAGCUUUAGUACUUGCAGAAAAUAACUUGGCAUUAUGGGUACCUUGUGCAGGACACUCAAUCAAUCUCGUAGUGCAAGCUGCUGCUGAGUGCUGUUUGACUGCUGUGAGCUUUUUCGACUUUUUAGAAGAACUUUAUGUAUAUUUCACUGCAUCGACCAACAGGUAUAAAGUUCUUACAAGUUGUUUAAAAGGAGCAGAAACUGAAAACCCUUUUCUUAUACCAAAAAGAACAAAAACAACACUUUGGUCAUGCAGAGCAGAUGCUACAAAAGCCUUCUUACGUGGAUAUAAAGAAAUAAAAAAAGCACUUUUAGAAAUUUCUGAGAAUAAAGAAGAAUUGGGAAAAUCGCGUAUUGUUGCUUUAAGUUUAUACAACAAAAUGUUAAAGAUACAGACAGGUCUCUAUGCGAUAUUUUGGAAUGAUAUCUUGGGACAAGUAAACAAAACUAGUGAAACUAUACAGAAUCCUAGAUUAGAUGUGAACACAGCUGUUUUAGCAAUGAAAUCGCUAAGAACCUUCAUAGGAAAAAAACGAGAUAGCUUUGAAGAAUAUGUUGUGAAAGUUGCAGAUUUGGAUGAUGCUGUUGAGUACGACAGUGAAACACAGCGUAAGCGUAAAAUAAAUGUGCGUUUGUCCCCUCUUGACAGUGUCCAAACACCAGAAAUUGAGAUGAGCUCUUCAAACAAAUUUCGAAUUCAGAGUUUUUUUCCUGUAAUAUAUCAACUUGAAUCUUCAUUGCAACAAAGGCUUGAGGCAUAUGAACUAGUUGAUAAUCGUUUUGGGUUUUUUUCUUUAAGAAUGUACCUGUCACUUAUGGUCACUAACAGCAGUGGAGAAAGAUCUUUUUCAAAAUUAAAGUUGAUCAAAAACCGUCUACGAACAUCCAUGACCGUAGAAAGGCUCAACACGUUAGCUCUACUUAGCAUUGAGAGUGACAUUUUAAGGCAAAUAAAUUAUGAAGAUAUUAUAAGUGAUUUCAUUAAUACAAAGUUAAGACGUAAACUGAUUAAAGUUUAG